CCCAAGGACUGUGCGGCCCCUCGCGGCCCGACGUCAGCUGGGCACGUCCCCCACGUCCUCUCGCUCCAGCCACUUCUUAUUUAUUCGUUUUCCCAAAGAAGCAGCCAAGGAUCCAAGCCUAAAACUUUGUUCCCGCUAAAGCGGGGUGGGCCUGAUCCUACCCAACACAGUGUAAUUUUCAUGAGACUUUGGGAUCAAAAGAACAGAAGCAGCAACAACAAAAGCCCAGCCGCUGUCUGAUUUAAAACUGGCAAAGUGGCAAAAAUAAAGUGUUGAGUAGACAGACUGAGUUGGACAUGGGGAGUUUCAGAGGUCAUGCUCUCCCUGGAACCUUCUUCUUUAUCACGGGUAUUUGGUGGACUGUCAAGUGCCUUCUCAAGUAUGCCUGCAAAAAGCACAAGCGGACUUCCUACCUUGGUUCCAAAGCAUUGUUCCAACGAAUAGAAAUUUUGGAGGGAAUCAUAUUAGUCUGCAUGGCUUUAACUGGCAUGCUGGGGGAACAGUUCGUUCUUGAAGGGCCCCACCUGGCCUUGUAUGACCAUAAAGAGGGCCAGUGGGUCCAACUCCUGAGCUGGCAUCACUUCACCAUGUAUUUCUUCUUUGGGCUGCUGGGCGUGAUGAACAUCUUAUGUUUCACCAUCACUUCACUUCCUACGUCCUUAACCAAGUUAAUGUUGUCCAAUGCCUUUUUUGUGGAGGUUUUUGUCUUAUACAACCACACUCAUGGCCGGGAAAUGCUGGACAUCUUUGUGCACCAGCUGCUGGUCUUGGUCGCCUUUGUGGCAGGCCUGGUAGCCUUCCUGGAGCUCUUCAUACGGACCAACGUAACCGUGGAACUUCUGCGGACAAGCUUUGUCCUGCUUCAGGGGAGCUGGUUCUGGCAGAUUGGUUUUGUCCUUUAUCCUCCCAGUGGAGGUCCUGCCUGGGAUGCAAUGGAUCAUGGCAACAUUAUGUUUCUCACUGUAUGCUUCUGUUGGCAUUAUGCAUUAACCUUUAUCAUCAUUGGAGUGAUUUAUGCUCUUGUCACCUGGUUGGUUAAAUCACGACUUCAGAGGUUCUGCCCCUCAGAAGUGGGACUCCUGAAAAAUGCUGAACGAGAACAAGAAUCAGAAGAAGAGAUGUGAUUUUGAUGGGCAUCUGGUCUGUCUGGAUGAACUUUUUCUCUUUUGCAUUGUUUUUGUUCAUGGUUUUGUUUUUUGACCUUUUGUUUAGAGAACAACAGGCUGAGGACGAUUCUUGGCAUAUUGUUUCUAUUUCCAAUUUUGUUAAGAUAUUUGAAUUUAAAUAUUUUAUUUUUAGGUAUGAAAAUACUUUGGAUGAUAAAUUCAUUUUGCACGUCAGUCGUGGUAUUGGGGGCCCAGAAUGACUCUUCCCAGGAUGUCUCAAGUUUGGUGCCCAUGCUAUGAAAAAUAUUUGUUUUAUUUGUCUUGUAGAUGUGCUCAAGGUUCCUGGGCUUACUACAUUUCUAACUCGUUCAGCAUGGAAUUACAGUUGUUUAUCUUGUUGCUGCAAUGAGAAAUAAAUGAAUGCAUGAACCCUG